UGAGAGAAAACGAACGCUUAUGCUAGCCGCGAAAAUCAAAGUUAUGAAAACCAAAGGGAAGAAGAUCCGCAACUCGAGCAAGCCGUUUGAGGAAAUUUUUGAAGACGAGCCAAGUCAUUCAACUUCGAUAAACAUGAUGAGCCAAGACAAUUCCAUCCUUUCUACCUCGAUGAACACACUCUCAGCGGUCUCAAUUAGCAUUCCGGAAUGCAAGCCAAUUGAUAAGAUGGAAGAAAUCGAUCGCAGAUCGUUCGAAAAUUGGAAGGAGUUAUUGGAGGCAUCGAUGGAGCUCGCAGGUAUUGCAGAUGAGAAUACUAAAAACAAUGUAUUCAAAGUAAAAGCCGGAUCAAUGCUACGGGAAGUCCUGGAAGGGACACCUACAUUGUCAAUUCCAGAUGUAGCCAUUGCCCUUUACUCAAACGCUAUGAAACGAUUGGGGAAUUUCUUUAGUUCUCGAGAAUAUCGCCUGGUGCAGCGACAGAAGUUCAGAUCGUUGACGCAAAAUAUGGAGGAAUCGGAUUUAAAAUAUUUGAAGCGUGUGAUAGCUGCGGCUACGUUGUGCGACUUCGACGAAGAAAAGUUAACGGAAGGUGUUACAGAGGUUAUACAACUACAUGCGCUCAAUGCUAAAGUCCGAGAAGCGGGACGUAAGAUUAUGCGCAAGGGAGGUACCCUAGCGGCACUCGUGGAAAAAGUUCAGGGAUAUGAAGUGCAUAAAGCAAAUGAGGAGAUUUUCAUGAAAACACAUCAGCCGGCUAUGGAAGCCAGAGUAGCAGUGGUUACGCGCGGAAGGGUCGAAUCUGUGGCACCUCCUCUAGGUGCUCGUGGAAGAAAUUUCGGGUUUCAAGGACGACCAAAUUGGAGAAGCUUCAUAAACUCGGGAGGCAAUUUUAGCCAGAGCGGUUCAAAAGCCCCAAACAAGCCGAUUGCCUGCUGGAGAUGCACCAGUCAAUUCCAUGCACCAUCUCAAUGCCAUGCAACUGACAAAGUUUGUCGAAACUGCAAGAAAACAGGCCAUAUCAAACGCGCCUGUCGGCAAACUUCUACGUCUAAUACGCUCAAACGUCGGGCCAGCCGGGACGAAGAGGGACCGGUUAAGUCAAGAAAAAUUGCGACGGUAACAAAGGAGGAGAAUGAAAAGGAAGAAACGAAUAUUGUAAGUGCCUAUUCGACUUGAACUGGCGAAUACAUUUUUACUUGAAAUCUUGAGUUUAUAUGAGGUUAUCAGACGAGUAGCUGUGGCCAUUACCAGAUCUCAGGAUAUGAAAUUACAUGGUGGACAUAUCAUCGGCCGAAUUGCAAAUUCCGCAUCUAUAAUAUUUCUGAUUGAUUCUGGUGCGGAAGUAAUCACCGUAGAUGAGUAUAUGUUUGAUAAGUUGCGAAAUGAUAACACUACCAGGAAACAGUUGUAUUGUGUUUCGAAAGGCACAGACAAGCCACUUCGUGCGUACGCUAGCCCAGGCGAGAUCAAUGUUGUAGGAACUUUUGUGGCUGAACUAUUCAUUUCCGAGAACCGCCCGUGUUUUUUCGAGAAAUUUUAUAUUAUAAAAGGCGGUAAACUAUUACUCGGCAGGGACACAGCUCUCAGAUACAGUAUUUUGCAGUUAGGACUCGAUGUGACAGUCGUAAGCACAGUUGAUAGUGAACACCAUGCAGUUAGAUUCCCUGGAGAAAUCCUCGCUUUGAUAGCGGUCGACGAAUUUCCUAAAUUUAACGUCCCGCCAGUUAUUUUGUCUUGGUGGUGGUGGUGGAUGGUGGUUUGGUAGUGUCACCAUCGCGCAGAUCUUCACUAAUAUCCCCUUGCCUUUUCGCGAAGAGACGGAACGUAGCUUAAAAGACCUCCUGGCUACUGGAAUUAUAGAGGUUGUUACAGAUUUAAUGGACAGGUCAUUUUGUUCAUCGUUAUUGGUCGUUCCUAAAGGAAAAGAUGAUAUUCGUUUAGUAGUAGAUCUAAGGGGACCCAACAAAUGUAUCAUACGUACACCUUUUAGAAUGCCAACACUGGAGGAGAUUUUAGCCGAUCUUCACGGUGCCAAAUGGUUCUCAACUAUCGAUCUUACUAGCGCAUUUUUUCACGUAGAAAUCGCAGAACAAUCGCGACAUCUGACAAAUUUUUUUGCGGGAAAUGCCACGUAUCGUUUCAAAGAUGAAAAGUUAAAGGCAGUCCAAAACUUUCGUAGGCCAGAGACCGUGCACGAAGUAAAAAGUUUUCUGGAAUUUUUGAAUUUUUCGGAACGAUUCAUUUACAUGCGAGCUGAUAAGACAAAAUACUUACGCGAGCUAGCAAAAUCUAAUUCAUUUUACUGGACAAAGGCAGAAGAAGAGGAGUUCUUAUUCCUUAAACACGAGGCACUAACUUUGAUCGCUAGGUUCGGAUAUUUUAGCUACAAGGACGAGACAGAGCUUUAUGUAGAUGCAUCUCCAGUGGGCCUAGGCGCGGUACUGGUACAAUUGAAUGUGGAUGGGAAGCCAAGAAUUAUAGCAUGUGCUUCAAAAGCGUUAACCCGAACGGAACAAAAAUACCCUCACACGAAACGAGAAGCUUUGGCAAUAGUGUGGGGAGUAGAACGGUUUACAUUUUAUCUAACGAGUAAAUCGUUUACCAUUCGAACAGACUCCGAAGCCAAUGAAUUUAUCUUCGGCGAGUGUUGUCGCCAAGGUAAGCGGGCAGUUACAAGGGCUGAAGCAUGGGCGUUGAGAUUGCAGGCUUACGACUUCACCGUGAAGCGCAUUCCAGGUCACUUGAAUGUGGCGGAUGCUUUAUCGCGUUUGUUGAAUCAAACCCGAGAAGAAGAACCUUUCGACGAAGAUAGCGAUAGGCAUCUUCUGUACACACUAAGCGGAGGAUUUAUGAGCAUUACGUGGAAAGACAUCGAACAGACAUCUGAAAAUGACAUUGAGUUAAUCGCUGUGAGAACGGCCAUUAGGUCCGGGCGUUGGCCGGAGAGCCUUCGAAGAUAUGAGGCCGAGCGCAAAUCCAUAAGAUUGUUGGGCUCAAUGGCUUUCAAAGACGACAAAAUUAUUCCACCUUUUGAUUUGCGGUCGAAAAUUUUAUCUACAGCCCAUGAAGGUCACAUUGGUAUUUCGGCAAUGAAACGUAUAAUGAGAGUAUUUUUGGUGGCCCAACAUGAGCAAGGACGUGGAAGUUUUUGUGAAGAAAUGCGAGGCAUGCUGGCUUAUAACGAGGAAAAACCCGCCAAUACCGCUGACCAAUCGUGUCUUACCCGAUGGGCCUUGGCAAGUGCUACAAAUAGAUUUUUUAUCUAUACCAGGUUGUGGAUCAGGUGAAUUCUUAGUAGUAGUGGACACGUAUUCACGAUACUUGGCCGUUUGCGAAAUGAAAGGCACGGAUGCAAAGAGCACUACAUUGGCACUUAACGGAAUAUUCCAAACAUGGGGAUUACCCCUUACUAUGCAAAGCGACAAUGGUCCUCCUUUCCAAGGGAGCGAAUUUGUUACAUACUGGGAACAAAAAGGGGUAAAAAUCUAUAAAUCAAUUCCCUUGAACCCGCAGUCGAAUGGGGCCGUCGAAAGACAAAAUCAGGGAAUAAUCAAAGCUCUAGCUGUAGCCAAGCAACAAGGAGGUAUUUGGAAAGAAUUUCUAGAUUCUUACGUACGCAUGCAUAAUAAUAUAAAACCACAUGCUCGUCUGGGUAUAGCACCAUUCGAAUUAUUAGUGGGUUGGCGUUACCGGGGAUUCUUUCCGAGCCUUUGGGAAACAAAAUUAACAGAUGAAGUGGAUAGAUUUGACGUGCAGGAACAGGAUACAUUUUCAAAGCUAGUUAGCAAAUCUUACGCAGACUCCCGACGAGGUGCACAUAACCGCGGGAGAUAAGGUUUUAAUCUCAUUUCCAAAGAAGAACAAGAUAGAUGGAACAUUUUCUCCUGAGCAAUAUACGGUGUUAAUUCGGCAAGGAGCAAAAGUAGUCGUCCAGAACGAGCGAGGAGUGCAAUAUUCCCGAAAUGUUGGUGAUUGUAAGAAGGCGCUGGUAACAGAACAACCCCUGUCAGAGACUAGUACUCACAAAGUGUUGUCGUCGGCACAAAAGGAUCCUGAAGAUAAAUCAGUUCAGCAUUCCGAAGAUAGUACUGUGAUUGUUUCGGAAGAAAGACCCAAAAGGGAAGUGAGAAAGCCUGAAAAACUAAAAGACAUGUUUUUGUAUAAAAUUUAUCAGUAGAGUAGGAGUGGCGG